ACCCCGUAUCAGAUUCGCCACAUCUCUUGUCCAUUUCUUUCCCAUUCUCUCUCUUCUCAACUCAUUUUCAGAGCUUUCUAGGGUUUUCUCUCUAAAUAAAUUUGAGGAAAUUAGGGAUUUUCGCGCCAAUUAAUCCCUCAUUUGUCGUCAAAUUCGCUAAUUAAAGUAGAAAUUUAUAUCAAUUGAUAAAGAAGUGCGUUGUGAAUUGGGCUUAAUCGCCCUUUAAUUGCGCAAAUCGAUGAUCGUCAUUGUUCCAUGGACCAAUCUUCACUGCACCCCACUUCCCCUGUUGAAGAAGAUGAUGAGUGGGAUACUGAUGGAUUUGUAAUUCCAAGCUUGGGAAUAGAAAACCCUGACCAAAUUGAAUCAGAUCCUCCGAAGGUAGAUGUCUCCAAGUCUGCCCCUUUGAAGGAUAAUAAACUAGAAAAAAUUUACUUGGGACCCCACGGAGCUCCACCACAACAGAAGCAACAAGAGCAAAACCCCACCAAUUGUAAGCAGCGUUUCAAACAAAAGCUCAAGGAAGCAGACAAGAAGAUUGGCAGCACAGGGCGAGAGAAUAGAGUCGAGAGCUUAAGAGAACUUGUUGGUGGCAGUGGUAAGGUGAGUGGAAAGAUGGCCAAGGGUUCGUCCAAGGAUUGGCUUGACCCACACUGUGAUGAGUCGUUGUUCGUUGGAAGGAAUCGUCAGUGAAUCCUUUACAAGCUUGAGAUUACUUUCAUACUUUUACUUGUUUUAUUUGUAGAACCUCUUUUUUACAUAUCUGAGAGUUAUAAGGAGCAUAGGCAUGGUGCCCCUUGAUUAUGAACCUGUUUAUAACAUUUGUGUUGUUUCUUUUGGUUAUCUGCAUCUAUUUCUAUUUAUGCAAUGGGUUUGGUUACUUUUAAAACCAUUCUAUUUUUGUAGUCCCUAGUCCCGUAAACUAUGUCGUGCAAGUCCUAAGCCUUCAAAUUAUACUGAUUUGUAGUCUAGAUUACUCAUUCCCAGGCAAGCCUCCCUACCAGCAAACGGAUGCUAAGUUGCAAAAAAAAAAA